AUGAACGACCUCCGAGGCUUCCUGGAUGUCGUGCGAUGUCUAUGUUCCUUGUGGCGUCCUGCCGUCCAAUUCCCGUCCACUGAGUGUCGUGCCACACCAGGCGAAGCGUAUGCCGUCUCGCCUUUGCUUUCCUCUGAUCCUCCUCCGGAGCCCAAACACACCACUGGCUUCAGCUUAGUAUAUGGGCACUCCGUCAUCGUCCCCUAUGACACCAUCCACGGCGCGUUCCUCGUGCAGGCUGAGGCGCGCCCUGCGCAGACCGCCAUCGUCGACUUCACAGGAUACUCGGUAACCUAUGGCGAGCUAGAUCGCCUCUCUGCUCAACUUGCGAUCCAGCUACGUGCCACGGGCGUUGGCAGUGGCGCCCACGUCUGCCUGCUGAUUGAACGCUCUAUCACGCAGGUCGUCGCGAUCAUUGCCGUACUGCGCACAGCAUCAUCUUCGGGACCUUCGUGUGCGGCACCAUUGUCUGCCUCGAUCGCACAAUCUAACAGUGCCUACAUAAUUUACACGUCCGGAACGACUGGUCGGCCCAAAGGCGUGAUCGUGAGCCACUCAAAUGUGUGCAACUUGCUUUGCCUCUCCCCGGGAAACCUAGGCAUCCGCCCCGGAACCCGAGUCUCGCAGCUGCUCAACGUCGCAUUCGAUAUGUGCGCUUGGGAGAUCCUGGGAUGUCUCAUGAACGGCGGGACGCUGCACCUCCGCGGGCCCCACCGGCAGGAUUGGAUCAACGUCCUGAAGACGGUGGAUGUCGUGAUUAGCACGCCGUCCAUCCUGGCACAGCACGACCCCGCAGACUACCCAAACAUUCGUGUCGUUGCGACGGCUGGGGAGCCGUGCCCCCAGAGCCUCGCCGACCGAUGGGCGCAGCGCGCGACGUUCUACAACUGCGCGCUGAUUACAAUUGGCAGUCCGACGCCCAACAACUCGGUUUACGUCCUUGAUGCCGAAUUGCACCCUGUUCCGCGGGGCGUGCCCGGCGUGAUGUGGGCUGGCGGUCACGGCGUGUGCCAAGGGUAUCUCAACCGCCCCGAUCUCACGAGUAACAAGUUCACGCGCGAUGUGUUCUCGCCGCAGGGUGGCGUGAUGUACAACACAGGCGACAUCGGGCGGCUGCGGCCAGACGGCCAGCUAGAACAUCUCGGGCGUGUCGAUGAUCAGGUCAAGAUUAAGGGCUUCCGCGUCGAGUUGGACGGCGUGAGUGCUGCGAUACGAGUGUGUCCGGGCGUCAUGACGGCCUGCGCACUGCUUGUCGGGCAGGACCUUUGGGCAUUCUACACGCCUGAGCACGUCUCCGCUUCGAAGGUUCGCACGACCAUUGAAACUUUACAACCAUGCUAUGCUGUGCCUUCAAAAUACCACGCAUUGGCAUCGCUGCCGCUGACCUCGAACGGCAAGAUCGACAAGAUGUAUCUGAAGGACCUCGUUAGAGCACAACAUUCCUAAAUGCUAAGUGCAGGUUUACAUCAAUAUUAUACCAUUUCAAUAUACCUGGUUGUCAUGCAUCACAAGUGUGUUUGCAAGCAUUAAUGAUUGGUGUAUAUUAUCUUAGUGUAGGGUAAAUAAUUUAUCGAUGAGUGUUACAUAGUUCC